UUGAAGUGAAUUAUUUUGGACAGAACUCAAGUUUGUUAGAAGAUUUAAAAAAAGGUGUUCCAGAGUGCAUCAGUGCAAGUGACUGCUUUACUUUUGAGUGACUUUACAGGUGCUUGCCUGUGUUGCAAUAAAAGACUCAUAUACUGAGCAGGACCUUAUUUAUCUCUUCAUCUUGGAGAGCCUAAUAAACUAUUAUAGUUUCUGUACUCAAGUUCAAAAAGACAUCUUUACAGAGCAAAACAUGAGUACAGCCAGAACAGAGAACCCUGUUAUAAUGGGUCUCACCAGUCAGAAUGGACAACUGAGGGGCCCUGUAAAACCCAGCAGCGGUCCUGGAGGCACGGGGACACAGGCUCAGCAGCAGAUAAACCAACUGAAGCAUCCCACCACAAUCAACAAUGGCACUCAGCAGCAAGCACAGAGCAUGGCCUCCACUAUCAAACCUGGCGAUGACUGGAAGAAGACUUUGAAACUCCCUCCGAAAGAUCUGAGAAUCAAAACUUCGGACGUGACAUCCACAAAAGGAAAUGAAUUUGAAGAUUACUGUCUGAAACGGGAGUUGCUGAUGGGAAUUUUUGAAAUGGGCUGGGAAAAACCAUCUCCUAUCCAGGAGGAGAGCAUUCCCAUUGCUUUGUCUGGGAGGGAUAUCUUGGCUAGAGCUAAGAAUGGAACCGGCAAGAGCGGCGCCUACCUCAUUCCCUUACUUGAACGGCUUGACUUAAAAAAGGAUAACAUACAAGCAAUGGUGAUUGUUCCCACACGAGAACUUGCCCUGCAAGUCAGUCAAAUUUGCAUCCAGGUCAGCAAACAUAUGGGAGGGGCCAAAGUGAUGGCAACUACAGGAGGAACCAACCUUCGUGAUGACAUAAUGCGGCUUGAUGACACAGUGCAUGUGGUGAUAGCUACACCAGGGAGGAUCCUGGAUCUCAUCAAGAAAGGAGUAGCAAAGGUGGACCAUGUCCAGAUGAUUGUUCUAGAUGAGGCAGACAAACUGCUCUCCCAAGAUUUUGUUCAAAUAAUGGAAGACAUUAUUCUCACGUUACCAAAAAACAGGCAGAUCUUGCUGUACUCAGCCACUUUCCCUCUGAGUGUACAAAAGUUUAUGAAUUCUCACCUGCAGAAACCCUAUGAAAUUAACUUGAUGGAGGAGCUGACCCUGAAGGGAGUUACCCAGUACUAUGCUUAUGUGACUGAGCGCCAGAAAGUGCAUUGCCUCAACACACUCUUCUCCAGGCUCCAAAUUAACCAGUCGAUCAUCUUCUGCAACUCCUCCCAACGAGUUGAACUGCUCGCAAAGAAAAUCUCCCAGCUGGGGUAUUCCUGCUUCUACAUUCAUGCAAAGAUGAGACAGGAGCACCGCAAUCGAGUGUUCCACGAUUUCCGGAAUGGCUUAUGCCGCAAUCUUGUUUGCACUGAUCUGUUUACCCGAGGUAUUGAUAUCCAAGCUGUGAAUGUUGUGAUAAACUUUGAUUUUCCAAAGCUGGCAGAGACAUAUCUCCACCGUAUUGGCAGAUCAGGUCGAUUUGGCCACCUUGGCCUAGCCAUCAACUUGAUCACCUACGAUGAUCGAUUCAACCUGAAAAGUAUUGAGGAGCAGCUGGGAACAGAAAUCAAGCCCAUCCCCAGCAACAUCGACAAGAGCCUCUAUGUGGCAGAGUACCACAGCGAGUCGGUAGAAGAGGAGAAACCCUAACUGCUGGGCUCUGCUGAAGCACACCGGCAGCAGCCCUUCAAUCCGGACAUGCGAUGCAUUGUUUCUUUGGGGAGGCCCUUCGUUUUGUGGGUUUUCCCUUCUUUUUGUUUCUUUGUUUUGGAACUGUGAAGACUAAAGAGCUGAGAUUCUCCACCCUUCUAUCCCCCACCCCACCUUUUUUUUUUCCAAAAUCUGGCUGUGAGGACAAAAGCAGACGAUAGGAAGGAAAUACCUUUUGUUUCUCCCACAUGUUUGCACUGUGUGCUGACUGAACAUUGGUUGCACUAACUGCUGGUUUUAAUUUCUUUGUUGGUGGGGGAGAAGAACAACAACUCUGAAAAGAGAAGACUCCCAAAUUCUAGAAGCUUCCCUGCGAUUUUGGAUUCAGCCCCAGCCUCCUCCUGCCUGAGUGCAUUUCAACUUCUCCCUGGCCUCCUCCUCAUCUGUCUUCUGAGCUAAAGAGCUUGUUACUUACGUGUGCAAAGUGCCUUAUGCUACGAGACCAUUCAGAAUAUCACCUUUCAGACACAGCCCAAGGAGUCCUUUUGGUUCAGGUCAAAAUCUCUCUCCCACUUCCACUCCCCUCCCUCCUCCCUCUCUCCCACCCCCUUCACUGGGCCGGGAGGUGACACUUGUCAGUAACAUUUUUUCUUUACUUUUUUUUUUAAUUGGAGGCGUUGAGACACAGUUGCAGUUCACCCACUCUGUAAAUAUGUGUAUUUAAGCAAAGUAGCCUGGACCAUCUGGGUUGCUGGAGGGCAACUUGGCACUCCAGGAGGAAAGAGCCACCUGCCACUCACCUGCAGCAGGAGCCAACCGAAAGAAAAGGCCCCCUGGGCGCUCUUGGAACACUACAGACUGAUUUCCGUGAGUCUCCAUGGGUGGCCACAGCAGCACUUGCUAGGUAGACUUGUCUCAGAGCCGUGGCCAUCUUUCCUCUCUGAAGUGUGUUCCACAGAAAAUUGGAUAUGUAUACUUGUAUAAACUCUGUAAAUAUGUGUUUUUCUGUUA